AUGGAAACAGUGCACCAGUCUAAGCGGCGUCGUGUGGCUGUAGCCUGUGAUGAUUGCCGACGACGCAAAAUCCGAUGUGAUGGCCAGCAACCCUGCUGCACUUAUUGCCUAAACCAUGACCUGUCCUGCGUGUACCAAAAAACAUCGCAACGCGUGCAGGUGCCACAAGAGUACCUGAACUCCUUGCUGCGUCAGGUAGAGGAGCUACGCCGCAAUGCUCCCCAGACCAAUUCUGAGCUGAUAACGACGGUGCCUCCGGCCGCCGUGGAAACGCAACCGACUAUCAUACCCUCGCCGCAGUCUGUUGACGAUCGGAAGAAUGAGAACAAUGAAGAAUUUUCCACCGAUGCGAUGGUCUGUGCAGGUCCCUCGCCACAGACCGGCAGGGAAUAUUUCGGUAAAUCAUCAACGCUGGCAUUCCUCGAGGUGCUACAGACCAUGACUUCUCGCACCGGCACCGCGGUGAUGAAGGAUAUGCAUCGAUCACCGCAAAUAGAUAGCUUUUCAGUACCCGGGAUGCUUAAUCUUCAGGCCCCAUUGCUGCCUCCUCGUUCAACGGCAGAUCACCUCGUCGAUACCUACUUUACACGGGUUUCAUACCUGUACAUGAUUCUGCACGAGCCGACUUUCCGCAACCGGUACGAACAACUGUGGCAGUCCGGGCCAGAUGAGCCUGACCGCCUCUGGUUGUGUAUCAUCAAUGCGGUCUUUGCGCUGGGGAGUUUAUUCUCAGAUCGGUUGCCGGCGGAGAAUAGCGAGACGACGGCCCGGUCGUUCUUCGCACAGGCCAAGCAGCUUCUCAACUUUGACUGUCUUGACUCGGGAAGUUUGACCAUGGUCCAAGCUCUCUUGCUCAUGGGUCAGUACUUACAGAGUACCACACAGGUCAACCGCUGCUGGUACGUGUUUGGGCUAGCGAUCCGAACUGCGCAAGGACUCGGUCUGCAGUCAGCAGAGGCUAACCAGCGCUGUCCACCGCUGGAGCGUGAGUUGCGGAGGCGCUGCUGGUUUGGCUGUCUCAUCAUGGACACAAUGGUCGCUAUGACCUUUGGAAGGCCGUUGAUGAUCCCUUCGGAGCACUAUGAGGCCGUGGUAGACAAUGACGACGAGAUGCCGGCUUGUGUUGAUGAUACGUGUAUCACGCCUACUCAAAUAUUUGCUCAGCCAAAGCAUGUAGCUGCUCCAAAGAUCCUUCUGUUUAUCUACAAGGCCAAGCUCUAUGUCGUGCUGCACCGCAUUCUCAAAGCCCUGUACCAGGGAAAUGGCGAGACGACUUAUUCAGGAGGCGAGAUGCUCGAGUUUGACCGACAAUUGCGUGCAUGGAAGGAUAGUUUACCACCAUGCUUACGAAUGGACAGCUCUGUGAACUUGAAUGAUAGUCUUGACUCCCUCCGUCGACGACAUGUUCUUCACGCCCGCUAUCUUACUAUUCGAAUCCUUCUAACACGGCCCAGUUUAGCAACCGUCACACAGAUAACAAGUGCUAACGAUGGUGGCAAGGACUAUCUUCGCCCAUUACACGACUCUUUCGCACUCACAGCUGCAGAGAGCUGCAUAGACACUGCCAUACAGUUGAUCGAGCAUAUCCGGAAGAAUGUUAUCGCAGACGGCCACUUGCUCGGCGCAGCGUGGUACAAUACGUACUCCGUGUUUAGCGCGGGAUUGGUCCUGUUCGCUGCACAGAUUAUCCCCGGGCUGCAACGCGAGACGACCGUGACGUCCUGGAGGGCGAGUAAGGAGAUUAUGAAGGCGCUAGCGGUGCGGUGCAGCGCGGCGAGGACGUGUGUGUCUAUUCUCGAACUUUUCGAAAAGCACCUACAGGGUAAGUUCACUUACUCCACGAAAACGAAGGCCAGUGCUCAUUAUUAG